AUGACGAGACGCAUACUACUUCUGGUUCUAGCUACACUUGUAGCGUCAUGCACCACAAUCAACGCGCAACAAACGCAAUCACCUACGGUACCCACUCGGGUCACGUCACAGCAAUCCCACUGGCACCAGCGGCCGCUACCGCUGAACCCGUCUCAAAAGCGCGCGCUUUCUCAGCUGCGCCUCCGCGCUCCUCGAGCCGCCAAAAUUAUCCUUAACCGCCUCAAAAAUCGCCAACCCCCCACUACAACUGUCGCCCAAAAAUCGCACGAAAUCGCCAGCCCCCUCCAAUCCGCCGCCUCCCGAGCCCUUUCCUGGCUCCAAUCAAAACCCUCCCUUGACUCCUCCGCGCAACUCUCCGCCCAACCUUCCGCGCAACCCGCCUCCGGCCUCUCCAUCCUCUCCCGCUUUCUCUCCGCCAUGCGCCCCGCGGGCCUCUCCGCCGGCGCAAGCAGCCGCCGCGUGCUGCGCCGCCACCCCAUCGGGUCGGGCCACCGCGCGCCUGGGAAAGGGCAUCAUGGGCCGUCCGGGGGGCAUCACGGUUUGACAGGCGGGCACCAUGGGCUGAAGGGCGGACACCACGGGCCGAACGGCGGGCAUCACGGGCCUAAUGGCGGGCAUCACGGGAAGGCGAAGUGGGAAAAGAUGCAGAAGCUUCGCGCCGCGAAAGACGGACUGAAUCUGGGGUCGACAAAAAGCGCGGAUGAUUUCAGCGGUGCGCUCUCGGGGGAUUUCGGCUCGGGGUCCGGGUCGGGUUCGAAUUCCGGUUCAGAUGUUUCGUCGACUUUCUCUGUGACCCAAUUCGGCGCCGAUGGCGGUGGCUCGAGCGACGACUCGAAGGCCUUCGCUGCGGCGUUCGAGGCGGCAUGCAAGGAGGCGAAAUCGUCCGACAAAAAAACCGGAGUUGUCGUUCCGUCGGGAAAGACGUUUCUGGUAAAGCCCGUGCUGUUCGAGGGGCCGUGCGGGCCGGGCGUGCAAUUCACAAUUGACGGAACCAUCGUGGGGCCUUCCGAUCCCGGGCAAUACGACAAUCCCGGGUCGGGCACGUACGGCAUCCUGAAUUUCCGCAGUAUCCCGGGACUGGAAAUUGUGGGAGGCGGGUUGGUGGAUGGGAAUGCGGAGGAGUGGUGGAAGAAAGACCGCGACGAGCGGCCGCAGAACAUCGUCAUUGUGGAGUGCCACGGCGUGCUGGUUACCGGCAUCACCUCCAAGGACCCCCCGUUCAAGCAUCUGUUUUUCUACGAGAACAACGGCGUGACUGUACGCGGCGUGACUACAUCGAGUCCCGAGGAGAGCCCGAACACGGACAGCCUUCAUUUGUCGUACGUGCAAGACGCGCUCAUCGAGAACUGCGAGUUUUCGGGCGGCGAUGACAACGUGGCAAUCAUCAACGGCACGUCGCGCGUGCUCAUUCAGAACAUUGUUGGCAACUCCGGGCACGGAAUCAGCAUCGGAAGUCUGGGGAAGGAAAAAGACAUCAGCUGCGUUUCGGACAUCACAGUUCGAAAAUCCAUCCUUCGCAACACCGCCAACGGGCUUCGCAUAAAGACGUGGCAGGGCGGCAAGGGGAAAGCCCGGGGGAUCCAUUUCGAGGACAUGAUACUCGAAAACGUUGGUAACCCUAUUCGCAUCGACCAGUUUUACUGCGACAGCGAGUCUUCGCGGUCAUGCGGCACCUCCCACGACGCUGUAGCGAUUUCGGACGUCACGUUUAAAAACGUUAAAGGGACGACUUCUAAAGGGGAAGGGAUCAAGCUCGACUGUUCCGAUACAGUCCCCUGCAGCAACAUCCUUUUAUCGAACAUCAACAUACAGCCAGUGGAAGGCGGGGAUCCGUUGGAGCCGUUUCUCAAUAGCGCGUAUGUGACUAUAGAGGGGCCGGUUGUGCCAGAAUUGAAGGACGUGAAGAGCAGCCCGAGCUCGGGGCUGCUUUCAGCAGUGAAGGAGAUGGAAGGGUACUGCUAA